UUCCUUCUUUCAUUCUUUCUUUCUCUGAAGAACGACCUCUUUCUGCACAGACACUGUCCACUUGCUGAUGGAGGGCACUCCAACCAACCGAGCAAACCAUCGAGACACCGCAUUUCAGCUCCAGCAUGCUUCCAGGCACUACAUCGAACAAAGCUUGUCGUACUUGCUGCUUGGGGUGAUCCUUGGGGCUUUGGGCUUCAUCAUCGCGGUCAUUCCCUUGAUGCUCAGGGCUUUGAGCGGAACUCUGGGCAAUCGGAAUUUGCACCAAUCCUUUCUGCCCUCGACAGUGUCGGAAUUGGUCUCCGAGUGGCAAAGCGUGGAAGCGCGGAUCUUCUUCGGCUUCGAGCUCCUGGCAGUGGGACGUGGGACCGAAGACGGGUCGAAGACGGUGCGAAACAAACGGGCUUGGCUUUUGGAUAUGGAAGGAUCUGGUAGGAUGUCCCAAAACAACGGGCACAUGUUUUCGCCAGAGAGCAACUGAAAGAUCCUCGAAGAUCCAAGAAGUUCCAGCCACGUGAUAAGUCAGAUGUUCUUAUGCAAUUGUCCGCAGAUCUUCUUUGUAUACUUGGGGUACAUACUCUUUGAGAUAAUCCGGUGUGAUGGCCUGUGCUCCAUGUGCCAGGCCUUCUGUAUCCUUCUGUCCUGGUAUCCCUUCAAGCUGCGCAAUGCGGGUUGUAUCCCAGCAGAAGGAGGUUGCUACAUUCGCGUCCCCUACAUGCCAUUCGCCUCAAUGUCCUGGGCCAUCGCUCGGCAGUUCUUUCCACCGGUCGGCUUGGUCUUGGUGGCCUGCGUUCCUUCCGUCAAAGAAGAAAGCUGGGACGCGGAACAAUUGGUUCUCGUGGUGGUUCACUGUGUCUCUGCCUUGCUGAUGUUCACGGCGUUCCUCUUUUCGGAAGCUCAUGCGCUAUCCUUGCGGCCCUUCAGAUGUGCAGUCACCACUCUUGAACCCGGCUCUUUAGAGUACAAGCUUCGCUACAUCACGUGGCACUUGGCAUUCUGGCCCUACUUCCUAUUCACAUUGAUUCAAAUCUACAACUUCUUCGGCGACUUGCAUCCCUACAUGAAGAUCAUUUCCUUCGUGCUGGAAGUGGACGCCGGCCUGGCGAUGCUGGCAAAUCACUAUGUGAUUUGGUAUUUUGCACCCGAGAGGUCUUGGAAUCCACAUGGUUUGGAGCUUGCUACCAGGAGUUAGUGCCUGGCUACGGCAGCCCGAUGAGACCGUGACCAAGAAGUGGCGCUGGUGAAAAGUGCCGCUCGCGAGGGUUCCACGGAGGCCCCAGACGAGACGGGUUGGAUUCAGACGGUGGACACUUCCAACGUUCUUGGUUGUUCCUUGCCAUGCCAAUGUCAGCUUUAAGGGAAAGACUGCAUUAAGGCCUUUCUAUCGACCUUGAAAUUGGGUCCUUUUGCCAGAGAAACAAUAGGACAAGACCCACAGCAGAAAAAGAG